UUUAUUCGGCUCUGUCGAGAUCGGACUCCUCGUUGCGGUGGUUAUUUCGUUUGCCAAGAUCAUACUCAUAUCGAUUCGACCAGGGAUUGAAACGCUCGGAAGAAUUCCUGGGACCGACAUUUUUGCAGAUACUGAUCAGUAUCCUAUGUCGGUUAAGACUCCCAGAGUGUUGAUUUGUCGUGUCAAAUCUGCAUUGUUGUGCUUUGCUAAUGCUAGUUCCAUCGAGGAAAGGAUAAUGAGAUGGAUAAACGAGGAAGAAGAAGAUGAAAACACAAUGAGCAACGAUGAGAGAAAGAUCCUUUUUGUAGUCCUUGAUAUGUCAAAUUUAAUGAACGUUGAUACAUCGGGAAUUACGGCAUUGGUGGAGCUCCAUAAUAAUCUAAUCCAAAUUGGUAUUGAGCUCGUGAUCGUUAACCCUAAAUGGCAUGUAUUCCACAAGCUGAAUCAAGCAAAGUUCGUCAGCAAAAUCGGCGGCAGAGUCUAUUUGACAAUCAGAGAAGCUCUCGAUGCUUGCUUUGGACUGAAAGUUUGAGAAAAAUAAUAUAAUCAACAUGCGUGUUUUACGGAUUGUUGCAUGCGAGUUUAGUAAUUUAAAAUGCGACGUGUGCAUGAUGAUGAAUAAUUAUUAAGUACGUAUGUGCUAUGUAGAGUGCCUUGGUACGUAAGCUCGAUCGUGAUAAAUAAAGUCAUGCAAUCUGUAGUGUGCCGAUCGAUGGGUGUGUAACUAUAUUCGGUAACAAUGUAUAAAUAUAGAUGU